AGCACCACAACAUUACAUUGAUACUCUUAUUAUUAGAAAACAUUUACUACAUCCAAUUUGUGACAUAUACAAUGUCUUCAACAGAAAAACCAGCAGCGGUCCCUGUCCCAAAUGUGGUCCUACAAUCAUCAUUCAGCAUGCCGGUGAUCGCCUUUGGAACUGGCUCCGAAGCAAACGACAACGACACCAUCAAAGCGGCGGCCGUUGAGGCCAUCAAGCUCGGUUACAGGCACUUCGACACCGCUUCCUUUUAUGACUCCGAACAGCCUCUCGGAGAAGCCUUUGCUGAAGCCCUUCAACUUGGCCUCCUAAAUUCCAGAGAUGAACUUUUCAUCACUUCCAAGUUAUGGCUCUCCGAUAAUCAUCCCCAUCUUGUUCUCCCUGCUUUACAAAAAUCGCUUCAGAAUCUUGGAUUAGAAUACUUGGACCUUUACUUGGUCCACUGUCCAAUGAGUGCAAAGCCUGAAAUAAGAAAAUUUCCUUAUAACGAAGAUGAAUUGGUGCCAUUUGACAUGAAGGGUGUUUGGACUUCAAUGGAGAAAUGCCACAGCUUGGGUCUCACAAAAUCAAUUGGAGUUAGCAACUUCUCUACCAAGAAACUUGAACAACUCCUCUCAUUUGCUACUAUUCCUCCUGCCGUUAAUCAAGUGGAGUUGAAUGCUUCCUGGCAGCAAAAGAAUCUAAGAGAAUAUUGCAAAACCAAGAAUAUUGUGAUAACUGCAUAUUCUCCUUUGGGAGCCAAAGGAACCAGUUGGGGUAGUAAUGAUGUUAUGGACAGUGAAUUGCUCAAGCAAAUUGCACAUGCUCAUGGAAAAACUGUUGCUCAGGUAAGUCUUAGAUGGUUGUACGAGCAAGGUGUGACUUUUGCAGUAAAGAGCUACACCAAGGAGAGAAUGAAACAGAACUUCGAAAUAUUUGAUUUUUCGCUUACAAAUGAUGACUACCAAAAGAUUAAUCAAAUCAAACAGACGCGCAAAAUGAACGGGCCUGCUACAUUCGAUCUUUCUGAUAUUCUAUGGGAUGGAGAAAAUUAGAUACCACAUUCAUUCAUGUUUUGUGUUUUGUGCGUGCAUGGCCAUCUAAUAGAAGAAUCAAUAGUCUUCAAAUAAAAGGAUUUAUUCUCAGAGAAUAAGUAUAUAUUGUUAUUGUUUAGAGCUAAAUUAUUGUUUAUGUCUUGAGUUAUUGUAACUAUUGUUUAUUUGUGUUGUUAUUGAGUUUAUAAGUGGAAUGAAGUAUCAUUCAAUCAGUGAGUAAUUUGUAAUUCUUCUUGUAUAAUUAAGUUUUGCGUAAUGGAUAUCUUUAACUUUGAUCUCUUC